UACAUAUUACCAACACACAGCCGUUAGUUCAAUCAGAUGGAGUAAUGUUGAGUUGUAUUAAAAUAUUCCCGAUAUGCUGUGAAGUAUCAUUUUGAUAAGUCUUGCCCUUUGCACUGAGUCAUUUUAAUGAUACUUUUCUUGGUUUGAAGUUAUUCUUAUAAUUGCCAAUUUAUUUAUCAAGACUUUGGAAGUUAUAAAAUGGGACUGUCCAAGCCUUCUCAUGUCAUCCAAGAAAUUGUAGCGGCUUAUCUGCAGCGACUUUACACCAGCCCGGUAAAAACCAAAGCCGCAACAAGCUGCGUUAUCACUGCAUUGGGGAAUCUCACAGGUCAGAAACUGUCCAAUGUAAAAUUCAUCAAUCAAGACAGCCUUAUGGCAUUUGGCUUGUUUGGAUUACUCUUCGGUGGUACCGUACCGCAUUAUUUUUAUAAAUAUGUUCGUUUAAUUACAAAAAAUCCAUGGGGAAUUUUGCUCAUUGAGAGACUUUUGUACACACCGAUCUUCCAAGGAGCAACGCUUUAUUUACUCGCUUGGUUAGAGGGCAAGUCACAUGAAGCUUCCAUGAAACAGACACAAUCAUUAUAUGUGCCUGUACUUGCUGCUAAUUUGAAAUACCUGACGUUGUUGCAGUUUCUUAAUAUAAAAUAUGUUCCGCCAAUGCUACAUGUUUUGGUCCUAAAUCUUAUCAGCUACUUCUGGACAACUUUCUUAGCCCAUCUGUGGAUAAAGUCCAUGAAAGACCGAAGCAGUAGCAAAGUAAGCAAGAAGACAUAAUCAGAUUUAUACCGUGAGAUCGUCCAAAGUUGUUAUCAGUUUGGGUGAAGGAAUUCGAGUAUAAAUAUUCGCAAAACAUUUCUUUAAUUAUUUCCUGCCGAGAUGAUUUUUGUUUUCAUUUUUAAUCAUUCCAUGCACUACUGCAAAGUGCAAAUUUCUUACCGAUCACCUCGAACUCCUGGUUCAAGAAUUGUUCCUUUUAUUUUCGCAAGCUUACCAGAAUGGCAUUUCUGAAACGGGAAGAACAAUGUAUAUCAAAAAGCAUAAGUGAGGCCUUUGUACUCCAGGGGGUAUUAUUAGUUACAAGUUAAUUUCUACAUUGUUAUAUUCAAUAAAUCGUUUUAGCGGUUA